AUGGCUGACAAUCGCCCGCAAUCCUACAUUCAAAGAGCAAGACUUCAUUUCAUUACUGCUGCUCUCGCCCUGUGUCUGUUCUUGACCAAUCUUGAGAUUCCCAUUGUUACGACCGCCUUGAUCAGCAUCACCGAAGAACUUGGGGGCUUGAACAAGAUCUAUUGGAUUACAACGGCUUACAUGCUUGGAUAUGCUGGCCUUCUUGUUAUCUCUGCCAAAUUUAGUGACGUCUUUGGCCGCAAGUCAAGUUUGCUGGUCGCUAUCUUCCUCUUCGUGGUCUUCUCGGGGGCUUGUGGCGCCGCCCAAACCAUGGAGCAGCUUAUCGUCUUCCGCUCGUUCCAGGGGAUUGGCGGAGCCAGCAACUAUUCUAUCUGUGCAGCCAUUAUUUUGGACUUGGUUCCACCGGAGAAGUAUGCAACGUACAUGAGUUCACUCUCUAUUGUGUACGCAGUAUCUCUGCUAUGUGGACCUUUGAUGGGAGGUGCUAUAUCAGGGUCUUCAACGUGGCGCUGGGUGUUUCUUUUGAAUGAUCCUCCGGGCGCUCUGGCCGGGAUCGGACUGGCUAUUGUCCUGCCGAAUCGUUUCCCCCAUCACAACGAGCAGCCCAUGGCCAAGAAUGCAUUCUCGCUUUGGGCCUCCUUACGCCAAACCAUCCGAAAAGUCGACAUGCUCGGCUCCAGUAUGCUUCUCGUGGCUACUAUCUUUCUGGUAACAGCUCUAGAGGAAGCCAACCAGGAGUUCCAUUGGAGUUCGGCGUUUACCAUAGCCCUUCUAAGCAUCUCUGGGCUGGUGUGGAUCGCUUUCCUGCUGUGGGAAAGGCGAGUCACGCUUUCAUCUAAGUGCAUUGAGCCGGUAUUCCCAUGGAGAUUUAUCCGGAACCGAGUAUGGAUGGGGAUGCUGUUAAAUUCUAUUUGUCUGGGUGCAGUGUGGUUUAGCACCAUGUUCCAGUUGCCGCAGCGCUUCCAGAUCGUGAACCAGCUUACACCUCUUCAAGCGGCUGUCCGGUUCAUCCCCUUUACCGUUGCCGCACCGGUGGCCUCUGUCGCAGCACCUGCAUUAGGCAAAUUACUCAAGGUACCGCUGAUCUACCUUGUGCUGUCCGCAUCGUUGCUCCAGGUGGUCAGCUACGUACUCCUGGGAACCAUGCCCGAGUCUCUGUCUAUCCCUGCUGCGCAGUACGGAUAUCAGAUUCUGGCCGGCUUCGGAUGUGGUGUCAAUCUCACCCUACUAAUUCUAAUGACACCAUUUACCAUCGAGAAAAGAGACAGCGCGGUGGCUAUGGGAGCGAUUGCGCAGUUUCGAGUGAUGGGUGGCUGCAUCGGGAUUUCCAUUGUGACUGCGGUGGCCAACGGCUACCUCCAGUCCCAUCUCAAGCACUCCCUAGAUGCAGCCCAGAUGCAGUCUAUCCUGCACUCCGCGGAGCUGCUUUCCGCUUUACCGCCGGCUGAACAGAGCCUUGUGCGAGGCACGUUCUCGGCCAGUUACAACCUGUAA